CAACCUGACAGAACAUAAUGUCCACAGGAGGAGAAGCUCUGCCUCUGCUGACACUGAAGACUCUGUUUUGCCUCCAAAUGUUCUGACCGCCUCUCAUCUCUCUUCUCUCAGAGACCUGGUGUCAGACAAGAAAAUCACAGUUCGUUUAGGUCUCCGUGUAUCUCUCAGCGGACCAGAUAAGCUUCUUGACCCUCAGCUCCUCCUCUCCCUCAGCAAAGAGCCUGGACUCUACAGCACUGGAGGGAAGGCAGGACUCUUUUCCAUGAGAAUAGUGGGAAUAAAAAAAGUGAACUCUACAGCCUGAGAUUUCAUCAUCCACAGCUUACACCACGUCUUUUGCAUUACUUAUGAGACCUUAAUGAAAUAAGGACAAUGCUAUGUCUUCUUGAAGACCACGUUAUAUGAUCUUUUUGAGGAAAUUAAUUAAAUUUUAUCUUCAAACCGAUGUUUUGUGUUUAAUUAACCAUUAAAGAUUAACUACAUUGUCUUGGGACAAGCCUGCGCUCCAUGCAGCGACUGACAGUUGGACACGCCCAUUAAAUGGAUAAGCCAAUAGCAAUAAGCGCUGAACAUUUAUUCCCUCCCUUUUACUGGUGUUCAUGAUGACCGUGAGGAAGUUCACCGGUCACUAAGGCAGCGAUAGAUGACUUGGCUGUCCAUUGUAAAUAAAAACGGAUCAGCGCAGCCGUCAUUGCGCAAGGAUGGAAGACCCAGAGUCCCUGGAGGACACUCUGCCCGAGGAGGAGAGGGAGUUUCAGAGGAUUAUAGCCCUGAUCGGUGGCAAAGAGAGGAUUUAUUUGGUCAGCGAUGCCUGUCAAAGUAAAGAGGUGGACGCGGAUGACGCCGGCAUAUUGCAGGAGUUGAUACGUGACAUGUUUCACAGCAGCAGCCACGCGAACAGCAACAGACAGCCCUGCUCCUUUAAUUCAAGCAAUCACGACGACGCUGCAAGUGCAACCCACGGCUGCAGCAAGACAGAGGCAGCCAAAUGUAACGAAAUACCUAUGACAGUGAGGCCCAAGGGUUUGGAUUUGAGAGCGUGCCCGCGGGGAGAGGACAGGCAGAAGGAGAAGCGGCCGACGCACAACGGCAACGCUCAGAGGACAGCAACGAGGAGGGCAAACAUUUACAGCCUAAAGCGAGCGAUAGACUCUCCCAUCAUCAUUUUCAUCUUCAGACAGACAUUUGUCAGCAAAGAUUCCAACGAAGUGUGCUUGAAAGAGAUCCUGAAGGACGUGAAGGCACGUACGAAACGUGCCACAAUCGCCCGACCAGCCCUGAUUGGAUUAAUACGCGCCAGACAGGAGAGCGCCGAGACGCAUCAGUGUGUGCAACUCCUGGAGAGUCUAAUCCGCUCAGUGUUCUACAAACAUCCGCCGGAGACAAUAUGGGCCGGUUGUUUCAUCCCAAAGACAGAGGACAAAAUUCUCAGCAUCAAGCAAAACACGUGCAGAGUCAUACACUCAUCUCAAACAGCAGAUAAUACGGGGGAUAGAGGGAACCCGCUUUUCUGGCCAUUCCAAUGUUUGUUCUGGCCUCAACGAAGAGGAGCCGGAGGCCAGGCCAACAACUCUGCAAUCACCAGGCAAAGAGGUGACACAGGAAGUGUAGAGGAAGGCACCCCUCUGAAAAUCAGUUCCAUUACUGUUGGACGUCAUGUGGAUGGAGAAGCAGCUGGAGGGAACAGCUGAUGUCAGGACACAUGACCUUUGGCCUGCAGGCCUAUGCGGUGGACCAUCCUGUUUUUACUGUGAAGAGAAAAAUUUGCGUCAUGGUGCUACAGAACUUUAGUGCAUUUAGUAUUUCUUAACGGUGCUUAAUAUCCUCACUGCUGAGCCAAAACGAUUCUAUCUUCAAGCAAUAUGUUGUUUAAUGGUCAACUCUGUUGCCAUCUUGCUGAUUUACACAUUGUCUUUGAUAUCUAAUGGUUAGUUACAAAGGGAUUUAUUGUGUAUGUGCAGAUCAGUCAUACAAGCUGUAUCACAUUAACAGCAAUUUAGCUUAUUAUAGGUUGGGAAUGCAGAAUAGCGACAUUUUACGGAAAAGUAUUCCUUUAACAUGAUCCAUAGUCAAACACAGGACAAGAUUACCUUCUGGACAAAGAGGGCAACUGCUCCAUGGGCCACAAGACUUACUGUAUCAACUGCUUAAUGCGAGGUAAACCAGUUAGACAUUUAUUUGGGAAUAUACACCAUUAAAGCACAAUAUCAACUAUUAUAAGGGUCUUGAGACAGGUUGUACCGUAUUACUGUACCUAACUGUAAAGCCUUAUCUUGAAAAGGGUCCCUGUGUGAAAAUCCUACAAAGACCUACAUUAUGUUUGUUUGACAUAUACAGUUACUGAGUCCAUUAUUAGGAACACCUGUUUAUUCAUGCAAUUAUCCAGGCAGCCAAUCACAUGGCAGCAGUGCAAAGCAUAAAAUCCUGCAGAUACAGGUCAGGAGCUUCAGUUAAUGUUCACAUCAAACAUCAGAAUGGGGGGGGGAAAUGUGGCCUGUGGUGGUGUAAUGGUGUGGGGAAUGUUUUCUUGGCACACUUUGGGCUCCUUAAAACCAAUUAAUUAUCAUUUGAAUACCACAGCCUAUCUGAGUAUUAUUGUUUACACAAUUUACCAUCUUCUAAUGGCUACAUCCGGCUUGAUAUUGCACCAUGUCACAAAGCAGAAGUUGUUUACUGAACAUGAAAAUUAGUUCAGUGAAAUUCAGUCACAUCCACAGUCACCAGAUCUGAAUCCAGUAGAACACCUUUGGGAUGUGCCCACUGAGUGUGUAUAUUUUGCAUAUUCCUAUGUUAUUGUUAAAUUAUCGCACACCUAAUCUUGUCAGCUAAAACUGUACUCACUGCAUAGAGAACAGGAGUAACGAGUUUGUAAGGGACCCAGCCCUUUUAAUUUUGUUCUGGCCAUGGUCAAACAAUGUGAAUCUUUUUCUUUUCUUUUUUUUUUUUUUAAACUUUCAUUUAUUAGGAUUUUGUGCCUUAGAUCAGUGCUAUGACUAUAGCAUUACCUUUAACAGCAAUGGUGCAGUCUGCUUUUCACUUUAGUUUUAAUGUAGGUUACAAACAGGUCCUAUAAAUAAACACAUUUAAACUUG